GCAAGCAAACGUCAUCAGCUUGUGGUUGUAGUGGAGUAGCAGACAGACAGACAGACAGAGAGACAGGCAAACUGACAGACUCCCCGCAGGGAUCCCCACGGUCCCACACCACUGUAAACCGUGUAGAUGGCCGCUCGAGGGGAGUAACUUGGUGAAGGCUGCCGCAAACAUCAUUUAGUUAUCCAGAAAGUGUCCGAGGCGCUAUUUAACUUUACAAUGGAGCAAGAAUUUGAAGACAUUGAUUUCUCCGGGGGAUGGCAAAACAUUUACAACGAGAUCCGGAACCAAGCCAAUGAAUAUCCCUACAAUGUGGCAAAACUGGCUGUGAACCGUAAUUUGAAUCGCUACAGAGAUGUUAGUCCGUAUGAUCACAGCCGGGUAAAACUUGAAAGUUCUGAAAAUGACUACAUCAAUGCAAGUUUAGUCUCAGUGGAAGAAGCCCGUAGAGCUUACAUUCUUUCUCAGGGUCCUUUAAGGAACACUUGUGGUCACUUCUGGCUGAUGAUUUGGGAGCAGUGUUCCAAAGCCGUUAUAAUGCUGAACAGAAUCAUUGAAAAGGGAUCCGAAAAGUGUGCGCAGUACUGGCCAACUACGGCGGAACAACAAAUGUCCUUCACUGACACCGGUUUUGUUGUCAGGCUACUGUCAGAGGAGGAUCAUUCCUAUUUCACAAUCCGUGUGCUAAAAUUACAAAACAUCAAGACGGGGGAGUGGAGAUCGAUUUAUCACUUUCACUACACCGCCUGGCCGGAUUUUGGUGUGCCAGAAUCUCCUGCCUCCUUCCUCAACUUCCUUUUCAAGGUUCGGGAGUCUUGUUCACUGGGCACAGAGCACGGGCCCUCAGUUGUGCACUGCAGUGCUGGGAUUGGGCGUUCUGGGACCUUUGCCUUGGUGGACACCUGCCUGGUCUUGAUGGAUCGGAGGAAUAAUCCGUCCUCAGUGGACAUACAGAAGGUCCUUCUGGACAUGAGGGAAUACCGCAUGGGCCUGAUCCAGACUCCUGAUCAGCUGCGCUUCUCGUACAUGGCCGUCAUCGAGGGAGCCAAACUCCUUGGGACCAACAGUUCAGCACAGGUCAAGCCAGUGGUGAUGUCCAGAGAUGAUUUGGAGACAGAGCUGCCUCCACCUCUCCCUCCACCGAGACCUCACUUAAACAACAGCAGACCUUGCAUGGAGUUCCAGCUCACCUCAAAAGACCACAUGCCCUUGCUGGUAGAGAAGCCACAGUACCAAGACCACAGCGAGGCAGAGAGCACUGGACAUGUGAAGAAGCGACACCGUGAAGAGAGGAUUGCCAGCACCUCACAGAAGGUCCAGCAGAUGAAACAGAGACUGAGCGACUCGGAGAGAAAAAAAGAGAAGUGGCAGUACUGGAGACCCAUUCUGCUUAACGUCGGUGCUGGUGCUGCAUUGGCUUUUGGUCUGCUGGUGUGCUGGAUGUACUCCCAGUGAGCAGCUCGCAGUCACUUCGAACUGACUCUUAUUUUGCACCAGUACCUGAGAUUAGGUACUUCUCAAAGUAGAUUUAGAGGGUAUUUAUUUCUUAAGGUCACAAUGCAGGAGUGCUAGAUCAAAUGACUGUGUAUAUUUUUAAUAGAUCUAAACAAAAUUAGUUACAUCUCAGGAUCUUGGUGCCAGCAUGAGGAUUUCCUUUUUCUUCUUGUCUCUGAAUGUACUGUGUCAUUUCAUGGAAAAUAUGUAUGAAAGGUGCAGUGCAAAAGAAAAUUGUUUUUAUUAUUUUUUUCAUUUUUUAUUUACAAUAAUCAGAUAGGCGUAACCCAUUCUAUGUCACAACUUUACAUUUAGAAAUUCAAAAUAACUGUUCAGGAAUUUGAUACUCGAGCGUUGGGAGUUAGGUCCCACCCCCCCAUCACCCGUUGAAUUAAUGCAUUUAGUGUUUCUGAAAGGCACCACUUGUUCUUCCAUUCACAUUCAGCGGGGCAUCCCAAAAUUGAUUAAGUAUAUAUUUUUAGUCAGCUAGACACUUAAGAGAGCUGCCUUGCUUCUGGUUUCGCUUCAGAAAAAAAAUGUUUUAUCUUUCAGCAUAUGAGUGAGUGUUUAGCUUUCAUGUCCUUUGUUUGGAUCCGACAAAUGGUCGGGUCGUUCACCUCGUGGUGCACGUAUUGACCCACUGGCUGGGCUCAUUUUUGUGUCAUUACAAGUUAUCCCACUGUUGCAUUUUCAAGAAACCAAAGCAAACCUGUUCAUUUACUCAAAUCAAUUUUUGUUCUCCGAUUGGUGGAAUGUAGACUCUGUCGGAUCUGUGACACAACUGACUCCUAUUUCUUGUUGCACCUUGGUGUUGCAUGUAACCGCAUUGGUUUGCAACUAACUGGGACCAAGCUGUAUCAGUUGGAAGUGUACAGUGGGUUAAAAUUCCUCUGAGCAAAUGUUAAUGCCUGUUUGAUGUUUGAGGAUGUGCCUUCAUGUGAUUUUAAAUGGAACAAAUGUGUGCGACCAGGUUUACUGCAAUCUCAA